UCCGCAUUCUAGGGGCGGGGAUAAAAUCGGGCGGCGCAAGGCCGUACGAGGAGACCGCCCGGUGGAAGCACGUGACUUUGGUCUGGAGCCGGAAGUUACCGAUCUGGUGGGCAGCGUCCCGGGUACCUGGGGCUGCGAUGACUUCUGCACUGACCCAGGGGCUGGAGCGAAUCCCAGACCAGGUCGGCUACCUGGUGCUGAGUGAAGGCGCAGUGCUGGCGUCAUCUGGGGAUCUAGAGAACGACGAGCAGGCAGCCAGUGCCAUCUCUGAGCUGGUCACCACGGCCUGCGGUUUCCGGCUGCACCAUGGCAUGAACGUACCCUUCAAGCGCCUGUCUGGUGUGUCUCCCCUCCAGUGGUCUUUGGAGAACACACGCUGCUGGUGACCGUGUCAGGACAGAGGGUGUUUGUGGUGAAGAGGCAGAACCGAGGCCGGGAGCCCAUUGACGUCUGAGCUGCCAGAGGGCGAGGGCCAGAGGUGGACUGGGUCCCUGAGCCUCUGUGAUGAGGAAGACGCUGACCUCCUCCACCUCUUUCUUGGCUGGCUGCUAGAGCUAAGGCUUCUCUCACUCACUUCCUCACCCCACCUGGAAGAGCAGAGGCUUGGGAACUUUGCACUAUGUUAAGGAAAAUGAGGGCAAGGGGAACUUCCUCUUCCCUCCCUCCCUCCUAAUAAAUGUGAGUCUGAUGUUCCUGGG